AUGGCUCUAUCUUUACCCAAAUUCAUCCCCAGAGAAAUCAUAGGUAAAGAAUUCAAUAAACUGUUUGGAGCCUUAUCAUGUAAUUCUGUUAGUUCGGAUGAACAUAGCUACAACAAGAAGAAAAUACAGAAAUCAUCAGAGACAGUCAUCAAUUUUGUAGACACUGGGUAUAACAAACUUUACAAUGUUGCCUGCCUGAGUGAUGAAGAAAUCUGGACAAGUGGAGAUGACAGCACCAUGAAACUUUACAGCAUCAACCAGGGAUCACUGCUCAAGUCAAUAUCAACUAAGUCAGGGAACAACACUUCAGUCAUCGGAGUGACAAAAGCCGGAGAUCUAGUUUAUUCUGAUUUCGAUGAUAGGACUGUGAAUAUAGUGAAGAACAAGGAGACAGAGGAGGUGAUAAAGAUUACAGAACUGGAGACCUUUUGGUCUGGAGCUGUAGUGGUGGUCAAUCUUGCCGGGAAACUGAGAUUUAGUUACACCGGACUUACUCCUACUCCAAAAUAUAAACCAUUCAGUCCACGAGGAAUCACCACAAACAUUCAUAACCAUAUCCUUAUAUCUGAUGUCAACAAUGAUUGUGUCCACAUCAUUGAUCAGGAUGGAGAGUUCAUCAGUUACAUACCCUGUGGACUGACUAAACCCUGGGGACUGUGUACAGAUUCAAAUGACAAUCUCUUUGUUGCUCAAAUGGAAAAAAGACAAGUGAAGAAAAUAAGAUAUUUAAAUGCCAUUGAAUACGCCACCACUGCAUAG